AUGACAGCAGGCACACAACAACCAAACGGCGUCGUCCGCGACGCACCUUCAACCCCGCCGGAAGCUGCCAUGAUCCUCUCACAACAGUCACUCCCUUCAACAGAGGAACCCUCUUCGCCCGCAGAUCCUGCAUCGUCUUUCAAGACCGAACUCAACGACGACCGGCCGGCUUCCCCUCUAGUCAUUCCCUCGUCGCUAACCCCGCCGCCCUCAUCUCAACCACCACAACCCAACGGCGCCGCGGGACAACCAUUGGGUUAUACCAGCUUACAAAGAUCCAGCAUGUUUUCGCCGCCAGCAACCACAACCGCCCCUCUGCGCCGUGAUAGUCACGCGGCACCUGCAGACCACGCUGCGCCCACCGGAGAGCAGAUUGACGACGCCUCCGCCGAUGAUUUGCGUCAAAUGCUGAGGGCCUCUUUGUCGGACAACGCCCGUCUGAAGAUGGAAAUCGCUCAUCACAAGCUCCAAUAUAACCUGCUAAGCAUGCAGGCUGACGAGGCAGCCAAGAGAGCUGCUGUUGAGCACGAGAUGACCAAACGUGAAGUCGAGGUCCUGCGCGUGGCCGAAAGUGCCCGACAGGCUCGGCGCGACCAAGAAGCGGCCGUUGAAAGUAUUCAGCUCAAGUACAUCCAGCUUAAGGCCUCUUACGAAGCGGCUUGCGACGACAUCGACUCCUUGAGGAAGCGGGAAAAGAGGUUCAAGAAGGUACUCCAACAGAAAGAGGACGAGAUUAUAAGCCUGACGGAUGACCGCGAAUUACUCCUGCAACGCAUACGAGAAAAUCGAGAACAUUUUAAUAUUCUUCGUAGCCCGGGCGGGGUUCUGCAUGGAUCUGUCAUGCCCAGAUUGCCUCCAAUAGUUUCUCCCCAGCAACAUCGCACAACCCCACGGCAGACGCCCAGGUCCCAUCGCCGGGAGGAAGACGAAAACCAGCGCGGCUUCCAAGUGCUUCUUCAAGCGCUCAACCAUGAUAAUAACAGUGCACCUUCGACACCGACCAGCAGUCACCACCCCACGCCUCGAACGCAACCCAAGCACACUCGCGGAGCGCAAUCCAUGUCCUCUUUGCCGACGACACCCAUGGCCAAGCCCCGUGGCCAACACUCUACGCUGCUGCCUUCCAUUGACCUUGUCCCACGGACAGAGCCUGUGCCUCGUUUUGGGCCAAUUCACCACAUUCCCGAGCCGCGAUCUGUCCAAAGACGUAAGAGCAGGGAGAGUACAAUUUCAGCCGACGAUAAUGAGGAGCUUGCUAGAGCCGCCCUUAGCAUGGCUGCUGUCAAUAGGUCAAUGAUGUCGGCAUCAUCCGACAGAUCGGUAUCACGAGCCCAUCGUCGGCCUGAGGGCGGCGAGGAAGUUUACCAGAGUCAAGCGAGCCAGGCAGCGUCCGAGAUGCUACGGCGGGAUCCUCGCGAGAGCUUUGACGAGGUUGCAAGUUCUGGGAAUUCCCGCGAUGCCACACCGGCACCAGCUGAGAGGAGUAUGAAGCUUCAGACACGGCUAUUCGCCCCAAUCACCAAACCUGGUCUCGGCGCAGAGAAACGCAAGUACACUGGUCAUCAAUCUGCCUACACAGAUGGCAAACACGAAUCCUUCACCAGCCCUGCUAAGAAACUCAGAGUUGAGCCGAGAAGCGCGGAUGCUCGUAGGGUCGGCUUGGGUAUUCAGUAUAGCCCGUAA